AUGAAGAACAUUGUUAUUCUUGGAGGCUCCUACGCGGGAAUCAGCACCGCUCAUCGGCUUCUCAAGCACGUUGGGAAGACCGCACCCUUCAAAAUCACUCUGGUGUCUCCGAAUACGCAUUUCUAUUGGAGUAUGGCUGCGGCGAGAGGAUUAGUACCUGGACAGAUCUCUGAUGAGCAGCUUUUUCGGCCGAUUGCUGAGGGGUUUGAGCAAUAUCCCGCCAAUCAGUUCAAAUUCGUCCUCGGCUCGGCCGAAAGUGUUAACGUCGAAGCCAAACACGUUGGGAUUUCUGGCUCCACGGGCGCCUCAACGCUCGACUACGACUUCCUCAUUAUUGCUACUGGGUCUCGUGCCAAGGGAGAUGCACCUUUCAAGGGGGUUGGGUCGACAGAAGACACAAAGGCUGCUCGAAACGGCUUUCAUGUACGCGUUGAGAAAGCCAGGACGAUUGUCGUGGCUGGUGGUGGAGUAACUGGGUGUGAAACUGCUGGUGAGCUGGCGUACGAGUACGGACGAGAGAAGGAGAUUAUCUUCAUCGCAGGCCAUCCAACACUCCUCUCAGGAACCCCAACGACUUUUUCAACCUACGUCCAAAAGUCACUCCAAACCCUAAAAGUCAACCUCAAACUCUCUACCCAAGUCAAGAACGCAACCCAACUUCCCGACGGCUCCUACGAACUCUUGCUCUCGACCGGCGAGAAAUUGACCACGGACACAUAUAUCCCAACCUUUGGCCUAACCCCCAACUCCUCCUACCUGCCAACUGAGUUCCUCGACCCGAAAGGCUAUGUGGUCGUUGAUUCGUACCUCAAAGUUCUAGGAGUAAAGGAUGUCUGGGCUAUUGGUGAUGUGUCAAACUGCGAGUGGAGCCAGUUGAUACCGGCUAAUAAGCAGUCUGCCCAUCUGGCUAAGAGCAUUAUGUUGCUUCUGAAUAACAAGACACCACUUCCGUACAAAACGAUCUCUCAUCGUAUCACGGGAAUGCAGAUCGGUAGGAAUAAGGGGAUUGGCCAUUUUGGGAGUUGGAUCAUUCCGAGUUUUGUUAUUGUUUAUGUUAGGAGGAUGUUGUUUAUGGAGAAGAUGGGGGCAUGGCUUGAUGGGUCUGAAUUUUGA